GCGGGCAGAAGGGGGUGGGGCCGCGGACCGGAGGGGCCCGAGCGGCGGCUGCCGAGCCCUAGCCGGAGCUGGGCGAGGGCGGCUGCGGUCCCGGCGGCGGCGGCGGGAGAAGAUGGUGGCGCUGGAGGUAGGAGCGGCUGGAGCAGAGCUUUAUUCCCGGGCUUGGCACCGGCGCUGUCAUUAGCGCCGCCUGCUCCCGCGGGCCCGCGAACCCAGCUGUCAGGCAAGCCGGGUGGAGCAAAAUGAGCACGCAGUGAGCCGGCCCAGCCUCUGGCCCAGCCUCUCUCCCAGCCGGCCCGACGCCCACCAUGAACCACUUGGAGGGCUCCGCGGAGGCGGAGGUGACCGACGAGGCGGCAGGCGGGGAGGUGAACGAGUCGGUGGAGGCUGACCUGGAGCACCCCGAGGUGGAGGAGCAGCAGCAGCGCUAUGCGGGCCGUCCCGGGCGCGGGCGCGCCGUCGAGGACCCGCGCGCCCCGCCGGGGCAGCAGGAGGAGGAGGAGCGCGGGGAGUGCCUGGCGCGCUCGGCCAGCACGGAGAGCGGCUUCCACAACCACACGGACACGGCCGAGGGCGACGUGAUUGCCGCGGCCCGCGACGGCUACGACGCGGAGCGCGCGCAGGACCCCGAAGACGAGAGCGCCUACGCCGUGCAGUACCGGCCCGAGGCCGAGGAGUACACGGAGCAGGCGGAGGCCGAGCACGCCGAGGCCACGCACCGCCGCGCGCUGCCCAACCACCUGCACUUCCACUCGCUGGAGCACGAGGAGGCGAUGAACGCGGCCUACUCGGGCUACGUGUACACGCACCGGCUGUUCCACCGCGGCGAGGACGAGCCCUACGCGGAGCCCUAUGCCGACUACGGGGGCCUCCAGGAGCACGUGUACGAGGAGAUCGGGGACGCGCCCGAGCUGGAGGCGCGCGACGGGCUGCGGCUGUACGAGCAGGAGCGCGACGAGGCCGCCGCGUAUCGCCAGGAGGCCCUGGGCGCGCGGCUGCACCACUACGACGAGCGCUCCGACGGCGAGUCCGACAGCCCGGAGAAGGAGGCGGAGUUCGCGCCCUACCCGCGUAUGGACAGCUACGAGCAGGAGGAGGACAUCGAUCAGAUCGUGGCCGAGGUCAAGCAGAGCAUGAGCUCGCAGAGCCUCGACAAGGCGGCCGAGGACAUGCCAGAGGCCGAGCAGGACCUGGAGCGCGCCCCCACCCCGGGCGGGGGCCGCCCUGACAGCCCCGAGCUGCAGGCGCUGGCGGGGCAGCAGCGGGCGGCGGGCACCGCGGGCGGCGAGGCGGGGCAGCGGUACAGCAAGGAGAAAAGGGAUGCCAUCUCGCUGGCCAUCAAGGACAUCAAAGAGGCCAUCGAGGAGGUGAAAACCAGGACCAUCCGUUCGCCUUACACCCCCGACGAGCCCAAAGAGCCCAUCUGGGUCAUGCGCCAGGACAUUAGCCCCACCAGGGAUUGUGACGACCAGAGGCCGGUGGAUGGAGAUUCCCCGUCUCCUGGCAGUUCCCCUCCCCUGGGGGCAGAGUCUUCGAGCAUACCCCUUCACCCCAGCGACCCCGCGGAGGCCUCCUCGAAUAAAGAGUCAAGAAAAAGCUUGGCUUCAUUCCCAACCUACGUUGAAGUUCCCGGACCCUGUGACCCCGAAGACUUGAUCGAUGGGAUCAUUUUUGCUGCCAAUUACCUUGGCUCCACCCAGCUGCUCUCAGACAAAACUCCCUCCAAAAACGUGCGCAUGAUGCAGGCCCAGGAAGCCGUGAGCAGGAUCAAGCAGAUGGCCCAGAAAUUAGCCAAAAGCAGAAAGAAGGCUCCCGAAGGGGAAUCUCAGCCGAUGACCGAGGUGGAUCUCUUCAUUUCUACCCAGAGAAUCAAAGUACUGAAUGCCGACACACAGGAGACGAUGAUGGACCACCCUCUGAGGACCAUUUCCUAUAUAGCAGACAUCGGGAACAUCGUCGUACUGAUGGCCCGCAGGCGGAUGCCCCGCUCCAACUCCCAGGAGAAUGUGGAAGCCUCCCACCCAUCCCAGGAUGGAAAAAGGCAGUACAAGAUGAUAUGCCACGUCUUUGAGUCUGAGGAUGCCCAGCUGAUCGCACAGUCCAUCGGGCAGGCCUUCAGCGUGGCAUACCAGGAAUUCCUCAGGGCCAACGGGAUUAACCCUGAAGACCUCAGCCAGAAGGAGUACAGUGACCUGCUCAACACCCAGGACAUGUACAACGACGACCUCAUCCACUUCUCCAAGUCGGAAAACUGCAAAGAUGUCUUCAUAGAGAAGCAGAAAGGAGAAAUCCUGGGUGUGGUGAUUGUGGAGUCUGGCUGGGGGUCCAUCUUGCCAACGGUGAUCAUCGCCAACAUGAUGCAUGGAGGCCCCGCUGAGAAAUCGGGGAAGCUGAAUAUCGGGGACCAGAUCAUGUCCAUAAAUGGCACCAGCCUGGUGGGCUUACCUCUGUCCACCUGCCAGAGCAUUAUUAAGGGUUUGAAGAAUCAGCCCCGGGUCAAGCUGAACAUCGUGAGGUGUCCUCCAGUGACAACCGUGUUGAUCAGGAGACCGGACCUCCGCUACCAGCUGGGUUUCAGCGUCCAGAAUGGAAUCAUCUGCAGCCUCAUGCGAGGGGGCAUAGCCGAGAGAGGCGGCGUCCGCGUGGGACAUCGGAUCAUCGAGAUCAACGGGCAGAGCGUGGUGGCCACGCCUCACGAGAAGAUCGUCCACAUCCUCUCCAAUGCGGUGGGGGAGAUUCACAUGAAGACGAUGCCGGCUGCCAUGUACCGACUGCUGACGGCCCAAGAGCAACCCGUUUACAUCUGAGGCCGUGCCCCCCCCCGCCUGGCGGCUUGCAUGGAGGACUGUCCUCACUCGUGGUGUGUUUCUCGUGCUGCAUCUGUGUGCCCACUGAGACAUUUCCCUCUCACGCCCAGCACCGGUUCUACACAGGAAGAGAAGAAUCUGCAGACCUCUUUACUCUCUCUCCAGUUUGCUGCUUUUUUUUUUUUUUUUUUUUUUUUUUAACACCUGGAAAGUUUUGUACACACGCCCUUGAGGGUAGAGAGCAGCCAGUACCCACCGGGUGUCUGCCCAGACCAUCCUGAAGGGCCCCCGGGGGUUCCCAGGAAGACCGUCACGGCUCCAGGGGAGUCCUCCCUUCCCCCAAGAGGUGCUCCUGGGGGGACAGUGAAGGAGCUGAGUCAGCAGUGCCUACAGUCCAGCCGCUGGUCUUGGCUCCGAUUGGCUCAGUGUAUGGGAACACGGUGUAUCAGCAGAGACCAGCUGUGUCUUUCAGGGUUUGCCCUGCCUACCACACUGGACUUGGGGCUCCACACCCCUCUGCCCAGAAUUUCUGAGCCAACCUUAUGCCUCUUGUGUAACUACUUUUAGUUUCGACAUAAUUGCGUUCUUAAAGGUGAGCCUUCUCCCCCAAGGGUAGGAGGGAGAGGGCCUGGGACCAGGGUGCCAUCUUGGUGCAGAGAGCUCGGCAGGUCCUGGGGCAGCCCAGCCGCCUCAGGCUGUGCUAAGGUCACCAACCAGCCGAUAGACAUGGGCAGGUACUUCCUUCCUCCCUCUCUGCCACACACGUACGUAUACAGCCUCUCUUGUGUAUGCAUCUCCCUCGCCUCCUUCCCUCACCAGUGAGGCACACAGAGCCCUUGGAAAGCCCACCUCGCCUCUCCACGAGGUCCCUUCCCCUGGCAGGUGAGGCCUGCAGGGGCUGCUCAGCCUUGUCCGGGGCGAGACACCCCCCUUCCCCCCCCCCCGAGGCCUGGCCCCACCAGCGCCGCCUUGGCUCAGGGUCCUAGUGGACUCCCUUCGUGCCCCCACUCCACACUCACCCUGGGGGUCUCGGAAGGACAGACUGCUCCCGUGGAGGAAGAGAACUCAGAUGCAAUCGUGUUAGGCUUCCUGGCCCAAGGUAAGACCAGCUUUCCUCUCUGCUCAGGGCCACGUAGCAGGAUGGGAUUGGAGAGGCCAGAAUAGUAAUAAACGACAAAACUAAGGAGACAAGGAUGACCUCACACGAUGCCUAAGCAUCCCCAGAUGUGUUCUAGAAACAUCAGCUUGCUGCCUGGUGGGUCUGAGAGCGCUUGCACUUGGGUGAGAUGCUGCGUGUUCUCACCUGGUGCCUCAUGUUGUGGAUUCUGUCUCAGUUCGUGCAGGUGUUGUAGUGAUCUUAUCCUGAGCCAGUUUUCAAUUACUCUUGGUCCAAAGAGCAUUUUGUUUUCACUUAGGUGGGUGUGGGUUGGUUUGCUUUUUUUUGUUCCAUUUCGUUCAUGACCUCAGCAGAGACAGGGGAAGAGAAACUAAUAUAUUUUGUAAUAUUAAGAGUCCCUGCUCUCUGCACAUGGGAUAUUUAUGUUGUAUCUGUGGAAACAGGAAUUCGGUGAGCAUAUGUGGACUGGCUCAUGUAUUUAUUUGUUGGAGGGAUUUCGGGGAGGGAGACACAUAAAAAAAAAUCGGAACAAGAGACCAGCCUCAGAUGACUGUGCAGUGUGUUCCCCUGGGAUUUCUGUACCUCAGGGUUUCUGUGAGUCAGGAAAGCCGAAUGUUCCAAAGGCAUCAGUGGUCGACCCUCAGUUUGUAGUAUAAACCUUAAUAAAGUAGGGGCUGCCCCCUCUGCAGGGGAGCCAGCCUGGACAGUCCAGGACCCCUGGACUUCAGAGGAGGCUCAGCCCCACGCAGCCCAAAUCAGCCAGAACCAUGGCCCCAAGUUCUCAGUUUACCAAACUGUAGUGUGUCUGACAAUAUAGUCAAGGACUCGAGAGUCUUGUGUCGCUCUUCCCUCUGCCAAAAAGAGUAGAACAGGAACAAAGCAUUAGUGGUGGGUGUGAGGCCUCAGGAGCCUUGGAAGGUCAUGGGAGGGGUUCAUGCCUGUCUGGUCCCAGGGUGACCACUCGGGCCACUUGCCCCAGCACCGGGACAGAGGCCGAUCCGCGAUGGGCCAGCAGUCCCUACGCAGCCUGCCAGUAUCACGAUUAGGCAUCUUCAUCCAAAGGAGAGGGGACAGAGAACACAGAUUCUGCCGCUAUGGCACAAAAGUCUCAGAACGUUUGACGAGUGCCGCAAAAGCCCAUUUGGUAAGAGCUGCUGGAAGACCAGCAUCUUCUAGCAGAAGAGUGAGGUUACUUGUCCACCACCUACCUUCUGUUACUGAAAGUGGCUCUGCCUACCCAGAUACUCUCGUUCCCGGAGCUCGGUACAGGUUCACCUGGAGUGUAUUCUUGGCCCUGCUCGCGUCGGAUGGAGGGAGUUGAGCGUUAGUAACUCGGUGUGUGAAAAUCCAUAGGACGUGGUGGUCUCUUCUGGCAUCCCAGUAUAUAUAGUUAUAUAUGUAAAUAUCUGAAUACCCCCACCCUCACCCCGUCACGGGGAACACUAUGUACAGAGCAGCCUUCCCCAACAGGGCCCAGGCAAAAAGCCACUCUUGCUGCUUGGCUGGGACAUGCUGGUGACCCAGCUUCGGGGACAGGUUCUCAGCUUCGUCUACCCGUCCUGGUCCAGCCAGGAUGCACCAGAACGCAUCCUGUCUCUGCCUUCUCACACGGGAGCAUUUCAGGGAGCCACCGUCAGCCUUGGGUUCACAAGAGGAGGAGACCCCCAGAGACCAAGGCCUGGAGUGCACGCCCUCCCCAGAGCAGGCUCCUCGGGGCCUGGAGCCCACCAUGGAACAGCGGCCUCAGAGAGUCCCAGACUAAACGACUACCUCCCCCAUCACUUCUGCCGCCCCUGAGGCCCCCCCUAUCCGCACCCAACGUCCCCAUCUGCACGCUGAGGAAACCCAUCCACACGCCCUUCUUGGGUCCCUCGACCCAGUGGUGUGGCUGUUACCAAUGUUUACAACCAAGGGCCACCUCCUUUUAGACCUGUUUACUCUCCCUCUUCCAAGGCCGCUUGCUGGUUUGAGCUUCGUGUCUGUCUGCGCCUUCCCUGGCUUGGGCCCUCUGGAGCACACGACCCGAUUCUUUGCCCCCCUCCAUCACAGCAGGGCGUGAGGACCACGUGGGAAGGAAAUUUCUUGUACAUAUUCAGCACAGCCCCUAGAGUCUGAACUUGUACUAUUGUUCUGUAAAGAGGGUGAAAUAGAGCUUAUUGUAAAGCUUGGGACAAGUAGAGUAUUGUAUUUGUAACAAUAUUGUUCUUUGUAUACACAAAACUCAAUGAUCUCUAUAUAUAAAUAUAAAUUAUAUAAAUAAAAUAUAUAUACACGUGAGCCCGGAAUGAUGGCACCACACACCCACUGAAUGUACUUGCUCUGACAGUCUGGUCACCGGCCCGGCCCGCCCUCCCCUCCUCUGUACUGUUUUGGGGGUUGUGAUGUAUUUAAUGUGUUCUCUUCCUUGAUUUCACUGAACGCUAACGUCUGUAAGAGUCGCUGCAACAAUAAACAAGAACUUCGCCUCUUG